AUGGUGGCGGCGGCCCUGCAGAUGGAGUCCCACACGAUCGACGGCGUGGUCGUGGAGUGCAAGUCGUACAAUUGGAACGCAGAGUCCAGCAAGGGCAAAGGCAAGGGUUUCUUCCAGAACUUCGGUCCACGGCCGAACGGCUUCGUGAAUGUCAGGCCCGGCAUUGUCGUGGCCAACGUCGCAGGAGCCCCGGCGCCGCGGCCCGUCAUGCGCCAGCAGCAGCUUCUGGCGAACAAGCUGUUCGUCGGUGGUUUGUCGCCGAUGACCACCAACGAGACGCUGGGGGGCACCGCGGCGGAUUUCUCGCAGUUCGGGCAGGCGGACUGCAUCGUCAUGCUGGACAGGUUCACGGGCAGGUCCCGAGGCUUCGGGUUCUGCACGUUCCCGACGCCGGAGGAGGCGCAGCGGGCGAUGAACGGCGGGCAGCCGAACAACUUCGGCGGCACCGACCACGUCAUCGACGGCAAGGCGACGUCUGCCAAGUUCUGCGAGGCCAAGCAGGACUGGGGCUCGGCGCCGCCGCAGGCGCCGCAGGUGAUCGUCGCGCGACCGCAGGUCAUCGUGGCGAGGCCGCAGGUGAUCACGGCCAGGCCACAGGUCCAGUACGUGACGGCUGCGCAGCCCGACCCCGCCGCCGCGAACAUGGCCAUGCUGGCUGCGGAGCCUGCUGGCGGUUACGGUGGUGCCGUGUCGUCAGCAGCUCCGGUGCAGCAGUUGGUCCAGGUGGUGCAGGCGCCCCAGGGUGGCCAGCAGUACGCGGUCGACUAUCAGCAGCAGGUGCCGCAGCAGCAGGCUGCUGACCACUCGGCGUCCCGCGACGUGGUUACGCGCUACACUCAGCUGGAUGGACUCAUCCGCAUCACAACUUCCAACGCCUGCAGAAUCGCAUCGAUCGGCACGCCCUUCAAGAGCUCUGGCGAGCCUGAGGCUACGGGCGCAGCCACCCUCAGGUGGGCGGAGCCGCGCCAGUCCGGGGACUCGAGGCUCGACAGAGUCUACAGUUCUCUACCUGCGCCGCCGUUUGCCGACCUCACGGCGGGGCCAGGCUCGACGCUGAUCUGCGCCCUGGCCACGCAUCCCCUGGGAUCCCCGGGCCCCAUCACCUUCGCGGGCUCCGCUUUCUCCCGACCGCAGAGCUCGGAGCUCACCACAGUCGUCCAGCACUCCGACCAGCUCGUCAUCCUCUUCUUCGCCCAGCUCGCCUGGCUCGACACCGUCGCUCCCUGA